GCGGGGCGGAGCGGCCGCGGCCGCGAGCGGCGCUGUGGGCAGCGUGUCUCAUCCGCCUCUCCUGCCCGGGAUGGACUGAGCCGAGUCCGUCCUGAGGAGCCGGCCGGGCCGGCACCGCCUCGUCGCUUCCCCGCGGACGGCCCCGGGCCGGCGGACGCGCGGCGGAGAUGUCCGGUGGCCGGAGGAGGGGCGGCGCGCCCUGGCACAGCUUCUCCCGGUUCUUCGCUCCCCGAAGCCCUUCCCGGGACAAGGAAGAGGAAGAGGAGGAGAGGACGGGGACGGCUCAGCCGUGCGCCCCGCGCCGCGCCACUGCCAGUAUUGAAAAUCAGCCCAUGAGCACAAGUCAGAAAAAGGAAAAUGUGCUUUCAUCAGAAGCAGUAAAGAUUCCCCAAUGUGAGGACAAAAGAAACCAUGCUGAGAAACUCAUCUCUCUUGCAACACUGGAAGAUCCCAAAAAGCCAAAUGACCUUUCCGGUUUUACUUCAGAUAGCAAAGCGGGAGAAACUGACAGACAACCAAAAGAAGGCUUUUUUCACUUUCUUGGUAACUUGUUUAAUAUCUCAGGAAAAUCAUCUCUUGGUGAAGUUAAGCAGUCUUCUUUCAGAGAUGACCACGAUAAAACUGAGCAAGAUUCACAGACUCACUGUGACAGUCAUGCGAAGGGUACCAAAAGGGAGAGGGCUCUCUGCAGUGGCUCAUUGGGAAUCCAGGUCCUUCCAACGAAAGAACAAGAGUCCAAGUCAAAUGAACUCUCAGAUACCUUUUCUUUGGAUACAACACAAGAUGGUGAACAGGAAAACACUGAUUUGCUGAAACAAAUUGAUGGUAAACCAGAGAGGCCUUCAGUAACAUAUGCAACAUAUCAAGGGCCCAGACAAAUUAAGAAAUACUUAAAGCAACAUAACAUGUUGGAAACUGUGAAUUCCUUAGACAGAGAAAAUGAAAGUUCUGACUCCAGUACAGACACAUGCAUCGACCCUGGAAGCCAAAUGAAGGCUGGGAUAGCACUGCUGUCGUCAGAAAACAUAGACAUAUCCAUGGAAACCUGUUUGCUUGGAGACCCACUAGAAGACAGUAAUUACAACAAAACAAAUCUCAACACAGAAGUCCAUCUGACAUACAACCCAGAACUUAAGAAUAUUGCCACUCUUAAGGAUGUUUUAAAUAAAAAUGAUCCUGGGACACCUGAGAAAAGUCAGUCAUACUCUUCUGUGUCUGACUCGAGCUAUACUGUUGGAGAAUCUGCCUUACAGCACCAUUUAAAUUGCAUAUCAGUUUCUCAGACUGACAGAAAUUUGGUGUGUGCAGCAUCAUUUACAGGAAAUAGGAGUAGCAAAGUUCAUUGUAGUGCAGAAUUUCAAAGGAAAACCUCAACAGAAAAUAUUGUGAGGGAAAACUGCUCUCUGAUGAAUGAUGGGCCACUGUUGCAAAGAGAAGAGCACACUGAUCCUCAGAGACCUGCUGUUUCUGAUUUCUCUUGUAGUAUAUCUGAUGAGAGUGACACUACCAGACUGGAAACUACAAAUUUGUCCACUCUGAAUAAAUCAAUUAGUAAUGAAGAUCUGCAGUUGCCAGAGAAUGAAUGUUCUGACAAGCAGACUGUAGAUAACUCAUCAGUGCAGACUGCCAGUGAUGAGAGCACUUUUGCUCUCCAGGGGCAUCCUGUGACAGACACAGAACUUGGGAAUGAAGGAAAGAAAUGGUCUGCCCAAGACUCACAGAAUUUGGCCUUUACAGAAAUAAAGCAAGAAACAGAAAGUACCUCGACUGGUGAAUCCGUGAUUCCAAAUCAUAUAAAAACUCCAGAAGACAGAAUUGAAUCAUUAUCCAAAGAUAAUGACCAAUUGUUUGAAAUAGAAACCAAAAAACUUGAUUUUGGGCCACAUGACAAGUCUCAUAUUACAAAUCAAAUAAAUCACAGUGAUCUUGCACCUGUAAAACUCAAGAGUGAAUCAUCAGUAGUAACAUGCUUAGAAAAUAAAGUAGCACCUAAACUGAAUGUUGAGUUUAAUAGAAAUCAUGAUUCUCAACCUCCUCUUUACUCUGAGAAUUUUCAACAAGCCAGAGGAUCACCUGGUGAUAAAACAUCUCUUGGUCUUGACUGUAAAAAAUCAAAUUUUCAUACUUUACCUUCUGCCUUUGUUUCUGGAAGUAGCAUAGUGAGUAACCUGGAUAUCCCUGUUUUAAAGAAUGAAGGGUUUUCUGUGCCUGUUAAAACUGAAAAUGCCAACAUUGUUCUUUCCCAUUAUCUUAGUAAGUGUUCAGAAGAAAAUGUGGCAAAUAAUGUUGAAACUUUAGACAGGAAGAGUCCUUCUCCCUUUCACCUUGAACAUGCAUCUAAAAUUCUUGAAUGCAAGGAAGUGCAAGGAAGUGCUGAAACCUGUGGCACUCACUCACCUGGGAUGGACCCACUGAGCUUUGAGACUGGAAACUCCUCUAAGGAUCAUAUCUGUGUUUCACUUCAAGACUCUAGCAAAGCAGAAUUAGUGCCUUCGAAUGUUUCAGUAACUGAGACCAUCAUAGAGAAAUCUAGUUCUCUUUCUUUGGAAACCAAAACUGAUAUCACUGCUAAAAUUUCAUCAAAAGCUGAGGUUGAUGGUCAGAACAGAGCUCCUCUUGUUGCACAUCAUGGAAAAGGAAAAUCUGUAUCCUUGUCAGAGGUAUCAGUUUCCCAGGUGGAACCCAAAGACAUUUUUCAGGAUAAAAUUUGUUCUUCUCUGUUAGAAAUUAGAAAUGAGCCAGCAAAACCCAUUUUGUCAGAAUUAAGUUCUACAGAGUUUAAACAGGACAAAAUUUCUCAAUUCACGGAGUGUAAGGGAAAACAUUCAGAUGCUGGUUUUGAAGACUGUUGUGAGGCUGAGGUGUCUUCUGCUUUCAAGCAUCAACACCUACGAGAAACAGAGGGAGACGCCUUAGGUGAUCCUCCUUCUCUUCUCAAAAAUAAUCUACCUGGAGUUUUACCUCCAGAUCAAAAGGAGGAAGUCACUAGGAAUAUGGCUCAAAGUUGUGAUGCCAAUCCUUGUAUGAUACAUCACUCUUUGGAUAUCUGUGGGACUAAAAAGUGCUCUGAUCUCUCAGAAAUGGUAGAACUUGACUUAACUAAAAUUUCUUCAGAGUUCCAAAGCACACAAGUAAAUUCACCUUUUCUGGGUUCCAGUAUCAAUUUGAAAGGUAAUAUGUUUACAUGUGAGGAUUCUGACUUGCUUAAUAUGUCUUCUGAAUUGACAGCAGAAAGAAAACCCUUAUCUUACAGGAAGAGAGAAAACAUUCAUUUGCUGGGUGAUGGGAUUGAUAGUCCAUCUUCUCCCACUCAUCACUCUGAGGAAGUUAGCAUGGUUAUGAAUUCACAUAGUACUUCAAAAAAUUUCAAUUCUGUGCAAGUUACCAGAGAUCUCAAAUGUGAAGGUGCCUCUAUAAAUAAGUCCCUGGACUCCAGUAGCUCUUAUUUGGAACUAGAGACAUUUAUCCCAACAGGGGCAGAAGUGACCCUGUUUCAGGAAAAUGUUGGGAUUUGUAUUGGUACAGUACUUCCUGAUUUCUCAAACACUGCUCAGUUUGACAGACCUCUGCAAGCAGGGAUGGAAGCAGUUGCUGGAGCCUCAGUGUCAGUUAACAGCUCAGAUCAGCAGUGUUCUGAAUCAUCUGCUGAGCACUCAGAAGCAAGGAGAAGCAUACAUGACCAAGUUUUGGACCUGAAAAGUGAUUUGCUCAAAAAGGCUGAUACAUUUAUUGAAGAGGUUUUUCAUUCUGUCAGGGAAGAAGUAAAAUCUACACAAACAGUUGGUACUUGCCAGGAGCACAUAGCCAUAGAUGGUGUAAUGAAUUCAAGUACCCGAAAAAAAGGCAUCCCUGAGAAAAACCCAUCAGAAGUGGCAUUAACAGAAAUCCAACAGAAAGACUGUUUGAAAGAUCAGGGCAUGGAAAACACGUCAGAAGCUGAAGAACAGAAGGACUGUGUUUCACCUACUGUUGGUGAGACAAGUCUCCUUUUUUAUUCCGAUAGAAUGAAUGUGUCUUGUUUGUUAGAAGAUCAAGCUAGAGAGUUAGUCAAUAAAGUUAUUUGUUCAGCCCAAGAAACUUUAAGAUUUGGUGCUUUUGAGGAUAUUGACAGUACUUCAGAUUCUGAACUUCAGGUUAACACUUCAAAAAUUCUGAAAAGUGAUAGUGUUAACCCACAUGAUAUAGUUAGGGAGUUCUUGGUAUCAGAAAAAGCAAUAAAUCAAAGCACAUGUGAAAUUAGUGAAAAUAAAAUAUUGAAUAGAUUCUUAUCCAUAGGUAAUUUAGUUAGUGGCACAGAGUCAACUAAAGAAAGAGAAAUUGUUGUUUACCAAAAAUCCUCAGUUUCUGGAAAAGGAGCUGGAAAGUCUGACAGUAUAAAAUUGCAGAAAUCAGGUACUAUUUUACUGGCUGAAGACAUGUCCAAUGAAGGAUUAGAUGACAGGAUAAAAACACAGUUAUUUGUUAAUAAGAAGUAUAAAGAAACAACAGGAAUAGAGGAUAUAGAUAAUUACAAAACUGGGACAGAUGAUACAGGAACUCUUGUGUUAAAUUUCAGGUGGCCUUCAUUUGGGAAUAGUGACAUGCAUGCACCCAGUACAUCCAAAAGCAGUUUGUCUGAUAGUCUUGUAUGUGUAUCUGAAAAAAGCUUGCCAGGACAUAGUAAAAACACACCCCUUGUACUGUCAGAAAUAGGGAAAGUACACAAAAAGGAUAAUGAAGGAAAAAUUGACCACAUAGCUUCCAUGUUAGAAAUGGGAAAAACAAACAAAAGGGAUGCCGAACUGAACAUUGCCAAGCAUGAGGUAGACCCUCCUAUGUUAGACACACAGAAAGCAUGUAAAAAGAAAGCUGAGUUUAAUAUUACAGAAGUUGAGUCAGAAUCUCACUUUUUUAAAAUGGAAGAAGCAUACCAAAUGGAUGUUGCACAAUGUAUUGAAAAACCAGAGGGACUACCUGUCGCUUCAGGAAUGGAAAAAGCUUACCAGAUGAAGAAUCCUGAAGGGGCCACUGGGAGAACCGAGGUGAUGAUGCCUGUUGUGUCAGAAAGAAAAAAUAACCACCCAAAGGAUGCUGAAGGGGAUAUUGUAAAGAGUGAGGUGACACCUGUUACAAGAGAAUUGGAAAGUAAUUACCAAAAGCAUGCGGAAGGGGAUGUUGGCAAGACUGCAGUAACAUCUGUUACAUUAGAAGUAGAAAAUACCUACCAAAAAGAUGCCAAAGGGAUUACUGAAAAGGCUGAAGUGGUAGCUGUUACAUCACAAAUGGAAGACAUUUAUCAAAAGGAUGGGGAAGGGAGUAUUGCAAAAACUGAGGUGACACCUAUUGGAUUAGAAAUGAAAAAUAUUUACCCAAAGAGUACUGAAAAAGAUAUUAAAAACACUAAAGUGACACCUAUUACUUUAGAUGUAGUAAAUUACCAGAAGGAUGCUGAGGGACUCACUAGAAAGAGUGGGAGCCCAGUGCUGGAACUAGGAACUACUUACCAAGAAGAUGCAGAAGAGGUUAUUAGGAAUGCUGCAGUGGUACCUUUUGUAUUAGAUGUGAGAGAAACACACCAAAGAGCAGCACAUAUCUUUGUAGAGAUAAACAAAACUUGCAGGAGUGAUGCUGAAGAGACCAGUGGAAUAUUUAUGUCGAUACCUUCUAAGAUGGGAAUGGAAGUAUCAUCCCCAGAAGAUCUUGAUGAAAAUAUUGGGCAGUGUGAAGUAUCCACAGUAGACAUUGAGAAAACACAUGGAACAAAACUAGAAUUGACCACUACACAAGUGGAGGCCAUGCCUUCCAUAUUUGAAACUGAAAAGAUACCUCAAGAGCAUGCAGAAGGGAGUGUUGGAGAAAUAGAGGAAGAACUCACUGAAAUAAAGGAAGGCUUGAUACUGCAUGCUGAUAGACUUGCAUCACACUUCAAGGGGUAUGAAUCACCUACAUUAAGUAAGGAUUAUGAGGGCUACCCUGCCUUAGCAGUGCCAGAGUUUCAGCCGGAAGAUACAACAGUAAGGCUCAAUGAAAUGAUGUCUGUUUCUGUAGUAUAUGAUAAAAGGAGAGAGCAGGAUUAUAGCAAUGAAAAGGAAGAAUCUAAUUUAGCCUUUGUUUCUCAGGAAGAACAAGAUAAUUCUUCCUUUACUAUACUGUAUGAGGAGCCCCUUCAAGAUGAGAAGUACUCUUCUGUAGAAGUAAGAGGAGCACGGUCUGUCUUGUUUCCUGAUAUGUCUUCUGAUAGCUUGCCUGUUCUGGCAUGUGAAAGGUCUGAGAGUAGAACUGACCUUGUCCAUUGUUUUGAAAAAGAUAUUAAAUUAAGUGAGACAUUUGAUGGUGAUAGUUCAGAAAUGUUUUUAUCAGUGGAGGCUAAAAGGUACAAAAUCUAUCCCUUGGCUUUGAGUCCCAUUUAUGAGGAUGAUAGCUCACAGGAGGAUAUCUUGUCCAAUGAGGUCUCACCUGGUCACCAUGGCUCCACAAAAUCAAGAGAAAAUGCAAACCAGUCCUCUUCUGUAUUAUCACUUCUCCAGUCAGUAUCAGAGCGUUUAAAGAUGAAUUUUGAUGAAGAUGAUAGACAAGUGACUGAAGAGGAAGAAGAGGAGGAAGAAGAAACAUUGUCUAAAGGUCUCGAAGCUCAAAGGAGGGAUCAUGUUACCUUCCAUGUGCCAGAUCCUUCCAUCACAUUUUACCCUGAUGAUGGUGAUGACCAGGAAUGCACUGAAAUUUCUAAGACUUCACGUGCAAUGUCAAGUGAACCUGUCACCUGCAAUCAGCAAGUUGGUCUCUGGCCAGAAAAAUCUUCAUUGCUACAAAAAUCUGACCUUAGUUCUAAACUGCAUUCUUCUUUAAAGAGUGUUUAUCGUCAGUAUUUGCAGACUUCUCAAACUUAUUCCUCAGAAAAAGGAGCCAGAUUUGGUGGAAUUUUUCAGGAACCAGUCUCAAAAUACUUCGGUGUUCAAGACAAUCCAGACAGAUUGAGCCCAUUUAUAGAGAAUGUUGACAAACAAACUCUGAAAUGUAACCCACGACCUGGGAAGAUGAUUAUCUAUGAUCUCCAUGAACAUAAAUAUAAACAAGAGAUCUACCGUAACGUUCCUGAUGCUACAGCAUGGGCUUUUCCAAAUGGAGUGUUGAUAAAAGUUGUAAGAGGCUGCUGGAUUUUAUAUGAGAAACCACAUUUCCAAGGCCAGAAAUGUGUGUUAGAAGAAGGAGAAAAGGUGUUAAAUCGUGACUGGAUUCUUCACAACAGAAAGCACCCACAAAGAAACUUUGCAUUGGGUUCUAUCAAACGAGUCCUAAAGAACUGCAGCAUUCCAGAGAUAGAGCUUCACCCACAGUCUGACCCAGCGUACUCUCCUAUGCACAUACAGAGAGCAGUUCCAGACUUGGAAGCAUUGAAAAUCUCCAAAUCCGUAUACUUCACUGUGAAAUCAGGAGUUUGGCUUGCCUACCCAGAUAUUAAUUUUAAGGGUCAAGCUACAGUUUUAGAGGAAGACCAUGGGCUCUUUGAGAUUUCUGCAGCAGAAAUGAAGUCAUUACAUCCACUUCAAAUGGGUGGACUAAAAGUGGAAAUGCCUAUGAAUUUAAAGGUUGUUAUUUAUGAAAAGCCUCACUUCCAUGGACAGGCCAAGGAAUUUAGUGAACAUAUAGAUUCUGUCCCAAAUUUUUUAAAAAAUAAUGAGGGCUUUCAUGGAAUUGGAUCAAUUCGUGUCAUUGGUGGAGUGUGGGUUGCCUAUGAAAAGGAACAUUUUAAAGGCCGGCAGUUCUUGCUUGAAGAAGGAGACUUUGAAGAUAGUAAUGACUGUGGGGCACUAAGUGGCCCCAUCUUGUCUUUCCGGUACUUACAAGCUAAUUUUAUAGAAUCUUCUAUCACACUGUUUGAAUCUGACCUAGAAAAUGGGAAGUGUAUUGACAUUUCAAAUCAGGAAAUUUCAGACUUAGAAGAAAUUGGCUUUGGUAGUGAAACAAGAUCCAUUCAUGUUAAAAGUGGAGUAUGGGUUGCCUACCAGCAGAAGUUCUUUUGUGGAGAACAAUACAUUUUAGAGAAAGGGAAAUACAAAUGCUUUUUUGACUGGGGAGGAUCAACUAAUGUAAUCAUGUCAAUUCGACCUAUUCAACUGGAACCACUUGGGAUAAAUGAGCCUCCACAUUUGCUGAAAGCAUUCAGUAAACCAGGGUUCCAAGGUGAAUGCAUAGAUUAUACAAAAGAAAUUUAUGAUUUGACUUCAUUCAUGCCAUGUUCUUUUAAAGUUCUUCGGGGUUGCUGGCUCCUCUGUUACCAAGAGGACAUGUUCUGUAAUCAGUGUGUUUUAGAAGAAGGCCUCUAUGCUGACCUUACUUCUUGUGGCUGCCCAACAUCUAGAGUUACAUCCCUUAAGCCUAUUGACUAUGUUUUUGAAGAGCCUUCUAUCAGCCUCUUUGCUCUAGAACAUUGUGAAGGAAGAGAGUUACAUCUUGAGGAGGCUGUAAACUCUGUUUUGAACAAGGACCUGCAUUUUUAUACCCAGUCUGUAUGGGUGAAAAGUGGACUAUGGAUAGCUUAUGAAGGAUCCAAUUUCUUGGGAAGACAAAUCUUACUUGAGCCUAAUGAGAUCCCAAAUUGGACAGCAUUCAGUGGCUGGAAAACAAUUGGUUCUCUUCGUCCCAUGAAGCAGCCUGCAGUGUACAUCAGAAUAAAGAACCGAGCCCAGGAUGAGUAUCUGACAGUCACUGGAAAUGUCGCAGACAAAAGGGCAACUUCAGUGUGUAUAUCUCCCUAUAAUGGAAAGAAUACUCAGAUCUGGCAUUACUGUCGAGGACUCUUUAAAUCCAAGGCCAGUGAUACAUGUCUUGAUGUGAUUGGCGGUCGGGAUACUCCUGGUGCUAAGGUGGCCCUAUGGACUGAACAUGGACAGUUUAGGCAGAAAUGGAAACUGAAUAAAAAUGGAACUAUCAGCUCUUAUCUCAGUGAUCAACUUGUCCUUGAUGUUAAAGGAGGAAAUUAUUAUGACAAGACUCAUGUCAUUGUAAAUCAGCCCCUGGAAGGAGAAGAAACACAGAAAUGGGAUAUUGAAAUACUGUGAGAAUUAACAACUUUAGAGCAAAAGAACCUCAGUCUCCCUCAUUGUCUUACACAUUUGGAAAAGAAGCUACUGUGUCCUCACCUGCUGGAACCCUAAGUGAAUGAAUUUCCCCCCCAGUAUCCAAUACUAUUUCUUUUCAACCACUGAAAAGUUCAAAAUGACUCUUGCCAAUUAAGAGUUCUCAUAAAGAAAAUGUUGUUUCUAAAAAAGGUUUUAUUCAGAUGGAUCCCAGUAGUGGUGAGCGAGUUUCCAGAAUUCUGUGUUUUCUCUACCCCCCAUCAAACAUGAAUCCUGUGACACUGUCACUGUAUUAGUUAUCAGUAUCUUUACACUGGUUACUUCUAUGAGUGCACAGGGAAACAAACUCCUGGAGGAGGUCAUCAUUCUUUUACAUAGAUGAGUAAUUUUUAACAUCUGAAAACAUUUAAUAAGCCUUACUGUUAAGCUGCUGUUUCAUUAAAUAAGCCUUCAAGUUUCUAUACCAAAACUUUUAUAACUGAAGCCAACCCUUAAGUUUUUAAACAGUACUUUUAACUGACCCCUACAGAGGGACUGCUGCAAUACUGGGAGUUUUUUCUGUAGCCAUUCUUUACUCAAAAAAAAAUGUACAACUAACCUUGCAGUGCCAACCUCUAGUUACAAUCUAAUAUUAACAAAUACAUCCAUCUAGGCAGCAAGACCCUUAACAACGGUUCCUAUCCUGGUGCUAAAACCUUGCCCUAGAUUUUGCCUGAUUUGCCCUUAAGGCAAAAUGUUUAGAAAGGCUGUGUUACAUAAUAGUAGUCAAAAAGUUUUUGUCUGCCUCAAGUAAAAGGAAAUUCCAAAUGUUCAAAUUAAAACAAAGUAGUUUGAACUUUGACCUUACCAUCUUACUGUGCAAGUAAAGGUGCACUAAUUUCUCUACUUAAUGACAAAGAAUUCAGUUUCCAUUCUCAUUUUGAGGAGCUCACAUUUAGACAAAAUCAGGUAGGAAAUCAUCUGACUACUAAUCUAAAUGCCACCUUUAAUAACACAAUUCACCAGUAUUUUUCCCUCGAGUUAUAUUAAACUUACCUUGAGACAAUUACUCCUUUUAUCUUCCUAUUUUUGCCAGGAGGCAGAAAAAUGUUAUAUUUUUAUAUAGAGAAAUUAAAUUAUCCAGUGAUAUUUUUAAAAAAUAUCAACCUUUAUGCACUUUAGAAUGUAAAAUAACAGUGAAUAGUUUAAACUCAAAGAGCCCAUUAGCUUGAGUAUUUUUAUAGGCUUGGUCUUUCCAUGUAAAUACUGGUUGUCUCCUUCCUCACUCUUGCAGUCUCAGGCUCUUACCUUUUAAACAGCAUCUGAAACUCCCUUACAUCCAUAGAUGAAUGCCUCUUAAGCAUGUGGUGGUAUAAAGUGAAACUUACGUUACACAGAAAAUGAUUUCAUGGGGUGGGGGCUUGCAUAUACAUUAAAAAGUAUGUAUAUUUUCAUUGUAAAAAACCAACUUAAGAAAAUUGCUCAAUUUUUUAGAGCCAAAGAAGCUCUUUAAAGAAGUUAUUCCAAAGAACCAAGACAAAGUCAGGUUAAUGACAUUUAAUUCUACAUGAUACAUUUAUUGGUGUUGUGCCCUUUCUACCACACUGGAUGAAAUAAACUUUCAAAAGCAUGGUUUGGUCACA